GGACUGGGCGAGCUGUGAAUGACGGGAGGAAGCCGGGACACGUGCGGGAGAAAUGAGUUCAGAGAGCCCCUGGAGUAGCCCAAUGAGGGCCCCGGCUUGUAUGGAGGUCCAUUUGGGAGCAGUGAGGUACCGGCCAGAUGGGGCCCUGCUGAUGUCAGCUUCUAGUCUCAACAGUCGAACUUGGGGAGGUUCCAUCUGGGUUUUUAAGGAUCCUCUGGAAGCCCCUAAUGAAAGCCUUUGCACAGCUGGAGUUCAGACAGAGGCUGGUGUGGUAGAUGUGGCCUGGGUCCUGGAGAAAGGAAUCCUUGUAGCUUCAGAUUGCGGUGCAGUGGAGCUAUGGGAGUUGCUGGAUAAUGAAUCUCUGCUUGCUAAUAAAUUUACCAAAUACGAGCAUGAUGAUAUUGUAACAUCGCUGAGCGUGUUCACUGGCGGCUCUCAGUUGGUUAGUGGGAGCAAGGAUUUCAGUGUAAAGGUUUGGGAUCUUGCUCAAAAAACUCCCAUAAAGUCAUAUAGAGCACAUUCCAGCUUUGUAAAUUGUGUCUCUGCCUGCCCUGGAAAAGAGACAAUAUUUCUCUCCUGCAGUGAGGAUGGCAGGGUAUUGUUGUGGGACACCAGAAACCCUAAGCCAGCAAAACGUAUUAAUUUUUUUGCCUCACACAGUGUCCCCACGUAUGUUGCAUGGCAUCCUCUUGAAGAUGAUACAUUUGCUUUUUGUGAUGAGACUGGUAAUAUUUACACUGUAAAUUUGAAGAAUCCUGAUUCAGCCAAAGCAGUGGCCAUACAUUCCAGGCCAAUUACAGGUCUUGCCUAUUCGCAUCACAGCUCUCCAUUUCUGGCUUCAAUCAGUGAAGACUGCUCUGCUGUGGUCCUUGAUGCUGAAUCUUCAGUACGCUUCAACGAUAAAUCUCACUGUGAUUUUGUAACAGGUGUAGCAUGGUCACCAGUCAAUCUUGAUAGCUUCACAACCGUGGGAUGGGACCACAAAGUUCUUCAUCAUAGCAUCCAAAAGAACAACAAUCCAGAGCCUCAGGCUGAGGCACAAACCUAAUGUUUAUGCCAGCAAAGUGUGCAGCUGUGUUACUGCUGAAUAUAAAGCUAGUACUGCAUGCUUUCCUUGAGUAUUUAGAUUACAGACCUAGGUGUAGUGUACAGUGAUCGCAGGUUUGUGUCAAACACUUUUUGCCAUAUUGGCAGACAACAGAUCAAGAUAAUGAAUCGC